AUGCCCAGGGCGGCUGCUACUGAGCGAUCACAUACGGAGGACGCCAUGCCUGAGGGCGGCAAGAUGAGGGGUAAGAUAUUUCAAUUUCAAGCUGAGUUGGAGAAGGAGAGGGUGGAGCAGCAACAGUGUGGUGACCUGGUAUUCGAGGAUCCUAUGGAGGAUGAGUUCGAGAAGGAGGAAAUAAUAGAUGCCGAGAUGGCUGUUACAGAGGAGGAGCCAUCUGAGGGAGUAGGAGGAGGCACUGCUGUGUAUGGGCCGGAGAUGGAUAAGGUUGAGGAGGGUGUUUUGGGAUGGGGGGCGACUUGUGGUGGGAGAAGUUAUUGUGAGGAGCAGCAGGCUGUUGUUGGGCAGACCGCAAAGGGUAAGGUUCGACGGGAGGAGGUGUCCAGAUUGCACUCGAGCGUGAUGGGUAACUACGAGAAUCGUAUGAAGUAUUAUGCAGCUCCCGAAAAGGUUUUCGAGUACUACGCAACAGUUGAGGCGGAGGGUCGAUCGGGGAGCCGCUGGGCGAUGACUUAUUCCGACUUUAUGCGCUCUAUUAUACCGUUCACCUUCCAGGAGAUGUACUAUGAAGUGGACCCAAAGGAGCACCUAAAGGCAUUAGCAUUAUUUGAUCUUGAUGGUGAUGGAUUUUUGCAAUUCGACGAGUUUCUGAUAUUGAGUGCAAUGGUAACGACCAAAGUGAGCAAGGCGGAGGAGAUCUUUGAUAGGCUAAGUGCCGAGGAAGGCUCUGAUAAAGGGGAGCUGUCUCGACGAGGCUUUAUUGACCUUAUUACGGUAUUGGUAAAGGAAUCGCCUAGAGGGGCUAAGUGGGCGUCUGCAGGGGUAUUGCCAGAUCCUCGUAAAGUAUCGGAUAACAGGCCCCUAGGGUCCAUAGUUGAGGGCUCUGCUUUAGUCAAGAAGCUGUUCCCUACCCAUGAUGGGAAGUUGACCAUAGCGACUCUGCGGAGCCUUCUGGGGGAAAUCGCCGAGGAAGUGCUAUACUAUGAGUUUGCUAGCCAUGGAGAUGUACAGGGAGAAGGCAUGAAUAGCAGCAUCACGGCUAGGGAGUUCGCGGGCCUUGUGGUGGGGUUGGUGCCUCCAGGUCGCAUGGAAGCAGUGGCAAAGCGUGUUAAGGGUAUCGAUUGGGGAGGAAUGCGGCGAGUAUGCUUUGGUGCGGUAAAGGAGUUCGAUCGGUGCUUGGAUGCUCUGUUGAUGGAUGGAGGCCAGGAAGUGAAGAAAGCCCGACUGUCUCGAGAGGAGUUUAUGGUCAUGCUACAACGCAAAGGGGGGAGAGUCUCGGACACGGAUAUUGGUGUUGUGGUUGAUGUGUUGUUCAAAGUGCUAGAUGAAAAUGGUAAUGGCGUAUUGGACGAGGAGGAGUUCUUCGGCGUCCUACGUCAACGAUCGGACCGAUGGGUGCAGUCUCCUCCACUGAUCAUGAGGAUUAUGACUCUAUUCCACACGUUCUUCAAGUGACUCACAUGUUUCUGUAUUAC